AUGCAGAACCUCUGCUGGACUCAGGAGGCUGCCACAGUUCCGCAUGGUCACGAGGACGACUACGAGAUUGUCAGGCCGAUCGGCAGUGGCUCCUUCGGACAGGUGUUCCUGGUACUGCACAGAUGGGAGCAGCGGCAGUACGUGAUGAAGAACAUCGAGUUGAAGGACACAACGAAGGAGGGGAGCGAGGCGACGGAGCUCGAGGUGCAACUGCUCAGAGGCAUCCAGCACCCCAACAUCGUCGCCUACCAGGACUCUUUUGUCAACAGCCUGGGACACCUGUGCAUCCUCAUGGAGUACUGCGAGCACGGGGACAUCCACUCCUACCUGCAGGCGGCGAAGAAGGCCCAGAAGGUGCCCGACGAGCAGCACCUCUUGGAAUGGUUCGUGCAGAUCACCCUGGCGCUGCACGCUCUGCACACAAAGAAGAUCCUGCACCGGGACCUGAAGACGCAGAACAUAUUCCUCACCGGUUACCGGAGAGAAAACAUCUUUGCUCUGAAGCUGGGCGACUUCGGGAUCGCCAAGGUGCUCGACUCCACAACAGACCUUGCGAAAACGCAGAUUGGCACGCCGUUCUACAUGUCGCCCGAGCUCAUCAACAACAAGCCUUACAGCUACAAGAGUGAUAUUUGGGCGCUUGGCUGCGUUCUCUAUGAGAUCGUGAACGGGCAGCGGGCAUUCGAUGCCCAGAGCCUUAAUGGCCUGGCAUUGAAGAUCAUCAAAGGUAACUAUACCCCCAUAACUGCGUCCUGCAGCCCUGCUACGAGAUCGUUGAUCAAGUCGACGCUGGGCACGAAAGCCACCCACAGGCCGACGCUGAAGGAGAAGGGACGAUUCUCCACACGUCCGUGA